UAUUUCGCCUUCCUUCUUCUUAUUCUUUCCCUUGCUCGCACCAAUUUUCGUUUAUCUACUCCGCUUGCUUCACUUUCCUCACCAGUGAGCUCGUUUUUCCCUUUACUAGUCGUGGACAUGGCUUUAGUUACCGUCAACAACAAAAUGUCCUCACCCUUCUCAGACCUCUACACCUACUCCCCAAGCGAGCCCCUCGCCAUCACAGGCAUUGUCCUCUUCUUCCUCGUCUUCGUCGGCACAAUCACCCAAAUCAUCCGCCUCCGAACAUGGUGUUUCUUCCCGAUGAUCAUAGCCGCCUCGCUUGAGCACUCCGGCUACAUCUCCCGCCUCCUCUCUAUCCUCUACCCCUGGAACCUCGGCACUUUCUGGACCUCCGAGCUCUCCCUCAUCCUCGCCCCCACCUUUAUAUCAACAACCCUAAUCAUUCUUUCCACUCGCCUCGUCCACUCAUCUACUUCCCCUUCCCUCCUGACCUACCGCACUCUCUGGCUGACGCCCACUCUCGUCCUCCCCCUCUUUGUAGUCUAUGACUUCUUCUGCUUCUUUGUCCAGCUGCUCGGGAUCGUGACGAUAGGGAUUGGUUACAUCGAGGGUGUCAACAGAGUGGCGAACGGCUCGCGGCUGCUGAGGAUCGGACUGGUAAUGCAGAUAGUCGGGUACGCCGUGAUUCUAGCAGUCGCUGCAAGGUUCCUAAUUGUGAGUCGGAACUGGGUUAAAGAGCAGUCAGAGUCAGAGGAGGGAGAGUGGACAAAGCGUAAUGUGAAGAAGCCGGGGCAGUGGUGGCGGCUAGCAUGGGUGGUCGUGGGCUCUUUGGGGUUGUUAAUGCUCCGCGCCACCUACCGCAUCUUCGAGUUCACGACGACGAGCGCGAGCACGCCGAGUUAUUUGCAGAGUCACGAGUGGCUUUUCUGGGCGUUUGAUACCUUGCCUGUUCUCAUUGUGUCCGCAGUUUUUAUCGUGUUUCAUCCUGGCUACUACCUUCCCCGUGAGAUGACGACGCUGGUGUUUAGGACAAAGAAUGCGGAGGAGACGUCGAAGGAGAUCUAUAUGCGCCCUACAGAUUCGGUGAGCUGGAUUGGGCAGCCGCUCGCGCCGCACCAUGCUGAAGCUGUGCCACACCCAUAUGAACCGCGUAUAGUGUGAUGGGGAUAUCUUGAUUGAAUGGUAUGGUACGGUGAGAGGAUUGGUCAUUGAGAGCAACGAUAGGUUUGAAGAGACACGGAAUCAUGACGUUACGACUUGCACACGAAAAUGCACUCUCUUCUUUUCUCAUUCAUCAAUAUAUAGUUAGAUUUCGUGUUUAACGCAGGCAUGAAUCUUCCCAAUCCGCCACCUCCUUUUUCAACUGAGCCAGUUACUGCCC